GCAUCAACUACGGUACUUGUGUAGGCUAGUGAAGCUAAGGCUCACUGAUUUGCACCUCACAAGGAAAUAAUUCAAUCCACCUUCAGUUACAUACCUUGACUCUAAGUUUAUAUUCUUCCGGACCCACGGAAGGACAGCCCUUGGCAAUGACAGUCCAAGUCAGCACGUUCGAGCAGUUUGUCAAGUUCGGGACUGAUGCAUAUGGCCUGGAACGUCUGCUCCGUCUCAUCCAAGCUCUCACCCAGCUCCUGCUCUCACUCCCUGCCCUUCGGCUGCUCCUCCUCCAUCCCCUCCUCUCUGCUCCGUCCUACUCAGCCGUUGCCCCGGUCGUCCUUCAAGCACUCCGCAAACGCAUCGCUUCCAUCCGCCAGGCCUUUCGCAUCUUCCGCUUCCUCGACUCUUUCUCAUCUGCCUGGUCAGUUUGGUCACUUCCUCCGCAUCCCGAUGCAGCGGGAAGUGGUUUUGUGGCAGCGAGGGUCGAGAGGUGGAUGGACUUUGGCGCAAAGUCCUUUACGGGCAUGUACCUGCUGCUCGAGAGUCUGACUGUUGCCGAGUCGCUGGCUGUGCCUGGCUUGAGCCUCUGGGGUGAGCAGAGGGCGGCGGAGCUGGCGAUGGAUGGACAGAGGUUUUGGUUUGUCGGCUUGGUUUGUGGCCUUCUUGCUGGCGUUUUGCGACUGACGGCUAAGGAGUAUGUUACGGGAGGGACGGUGGCUGACAAGCGGUCACAGCGAGAGGUGGAGAAGGGAAAGGGAAGGAAGAGGAGAGUUUUCAGGAGGGUGGUGGCAGAUGCGCUGGAUCUGGCUGUUCCUGGGCAGAGAUCGAACCUUCCGGAGCAGCGGCGAUUGAUCUUCACCGAAAACGAAGUUCUGCACGAGUAUGACGCGGGCGUGCUAUGGCGGGAAACUGUCUUCACCGAACACCCAGCCCUGCCCUCGAUGCAGUUCAGGGUUCCGUCAUGCGAGUCGAGCACGAUUCUGCAGCUCUCUUCGCUCGUCAAGCACAGCAUCCUGUCGGCGGAAAGAAACCCGGGCCGCGACCCGUCUGAUGUCGAGGUCACCGACGCGCGCGGAAAAGCGACCUCACCAGGAUUGAGCUUCAAGAGCGGGUUGAACGAUUGGUCUCAACCCAAUACCGUUGUCUAUCGAUGGGAUCCCCCAAUAGGCCAGACGGAAAACACUACCGGGCUCUAUCCACUCAUUGCCUUAGAGGAUAAGGGCAUCGGAAUCGAACGGAGAUAUCUCCAUAUUGACGCUAUCGACAAAGUAGACGGCUGGGCCCGAGAGCUAGACAACAUGCUCGUGCUUUCCGCAGAGACCAUGCACGUAACCAUCUCUGCCGAGGGCGAGCCGCUUCGUUGGGAUACUGACACUCGCCGCUAUACCAUCGGCAGCUUUGAUGGUGGAAACGGACAUCACGACCGGUAUAUCACGCCGCUUGGGUCUGUACGGCAUAGCAAAAGAAUCCUGGGAUCUCGCGGGCACAGCUGUGCGGACCGUCUAUUUGUGCUGACGGUCUAAGGCGGCCGGAAAAGCAGCCAUGAAGAGGCGUCGUGGAUUUAUCAUGUGAGGACGGCUGCAUCUACAGAUCGUUGACUCCUGUAUAGCAAGUUAGUAUCCCGCAUGGACUACACUCGUCUCCGCUGUAUUAGGUGCGCAGUACUUGGGUACAAUACCCCACGCAAGGUACAGUACCUACACUGAAGCUUAGCAGUGCGAGGGUUUGCUAACCAAACCGCCACCUAAUACUGCUACCCCAAGACGAGUGCAUCAACGGCAGCAAAUAGACCUAACUGGACCGCCCUCCGGUGCUCGUCAUACAACGAAACGCCGGUACAGCAC